AUGGCUUUGCUGCGUCGAACUUUUCCAUCUUUGAUUUCGACACCACUCAAGAAUUCCAUCCAUCCAUGUGUCUGCAAUUCUUGGUUUGCGGUGGCUAGAUUCCUUCAUGAUGGCACAAAAGCAGAGAGUGACACCCUUGUAAGUUCAAUAUGUGAUUCAUUAAGGAGAGGAUAUAACUGGGAUACUCUGAGUAGAAAAUUUAAGUCUCUUGAGUUCAACAAUUUGCUUGUCAAAAAUGUAUUGCUGGAAUUGAAAGAACCAAAUGAUGCAAAACGGGCUCUAGGCUUCUUUCAUUGGUCAGCAAGGCGGAACUUUGUACAUGGGGUUCAAUCAUAUUGUCUGAUGAUUCACAUAUUAGUUCGAGCUCGGCUGGCCAUGGAUGCUCAAGCAUUGCUUGAAUCAGUUUUGAAAAACAGUGUAGGGGACCCUUCAAAAUUUUCGGUUGUGGAUUCCAUGCUUAGUAGUUAUAAGAUUAUUACAUCAAGUCCCAUAGUGUUUGAUAUGUUGGUUCAGGCUUAUGCGAAGUUGAGAAUGUUUGAGAUUGGUUUUGAUGUUUGCUGCUACUUAGAAGAACAUGGAGUCACCUUGAGCCUCAUAAGUUUCAACAACCUUAUUCAUGUUGUUCAAAAAUCUGAUAAAAGUCCCCUGGUGUGGAAAAUUUAUGAACAUAUGCUUCACAGAAGAACUUACCCAAAUGAAGCAACAAUUGAAAGCAUGAUCAAUGCUUUGUGUAAAGAAGGGAAGUUACAAACAAUUGUGGAUAUGUUGGAUAAUAUCCAUGGAAAAAGAUGCUCUCCUGUAGUUAUUGUUAAUACUUGUUUGGUAUUUAGGGUUUUAGAGGAGGGAAGAGUUGAACCAGGCUUGGCGUUAUUGAAAAUGAUGCUGCGAAAGAACAUGAUUCUGGAUACUGUUGCUUACUCUUUGACUGUUUAUGCUAAAGUCAAACUUGGAAAUUUGAACUUGGCAAUACAGGUCUACGAGGAAAUGCUAAAGAGAGGUUUCGAUGCAAAUUCUUUUGUGUAUACUUCAUUUAUAGGGGCUUAUUGUAAGGAGGAAAGAACUGAAGAAGCAAAUCAGUUGUUGCAAGAAAUGGAAAACAUGGGUCUGAAACCAUAUGAAGACACUUUUAACUUUCUUCUUGAGGGUUGUGCUAAAGCAGGAAGAGUAGAAGAAAGUUUGAGUCACUGCAAGAAAAUGAUAGAGAUAGGACUUGUUCCCUGCCUUUCAGCUUUCAAUGAGAUGGUAGGAAAGCUGUAUAAAAUGGGGGAUGUGAUGCAAGCAAAUGACAUGCUGACCAAUUUGCUAGAUAAAGGGUUCUUAGCAGACGAGAUCACAUACUCUAAUCUAAUUUCUGGUUAUGCGAAACACGAUCAAAUUCAGGAAAUGCUCAAACUUUACUAUGAAAUGGAAUAUCGGUCACUGUCUCCUGGAUUAAUGGGUUUCACUUCCUUGAUUAAGAGCCUCUGCCGUUGUGGAAAACUACACGAGGCAGAAAAAUAUUUAAGAAUUAUGAUAGGUCGAUCACUAAAUCCUUGUGAGGAUGUUUAUGAGGCGUUGAUCAAAGGGCAUUUUGAAAAGGGUGAUAAAAGAAAGGCUCUUAACCUUUACAACGAAAUGGUUUCCAAAGGAUUGAAGCUUUGUUGCUCGCAUUAUUUUGGUGCCAGUGCAGAGACUACAGAAAGCUUGUUGCUGGACUAG